CGUGAUUGCGCUUCUAGAGCUUUUUCAGUAUAUCCCGCUCUUGCUCUUCUUCCCCCCAAAUUCGAAUUGAUUUCUCAACUCACCUUCUCUCUCACACAUAACACGCACAGAACCGGCCUUAUGCCGAAGGAGGAGGCGGCGUCCGGCUCGAUCGACCCACUGAGCGGUCUCAGUGGACUCUCACUCUUUCCGCGCACGAUUAUGGCCUCUGCGGAAGCUCCGCUGCCCUCCGAUUCCAUGGACCUAGGUUUCAUCCACAAUUUCAUGAAGUCUCUGAAAGAGUUAAGGAGUCCUGAAAAGCUCAUGAGUGAGGCGAAGAGAAUUGUUGAUGGUGGAGCAGAUCUUCUAUCUAAUCUUUCCAGUUACGCUGGUGUGGGUGUCACUAAUGACAAUGCUGCAAAACCUAAAGACAAGCCACAAGAACGGAGGCCGGGUCUUGGGCUUGCCCGUAAGAAGGCUUCAUUUUCUCUGAAACCAAGUAUUAGUCACCCUCCAGUCAAUUUGGAGCCAGUUUUAGACAUGGAUUCACUCCAAGAUCCAGAUGCCUUUUUCGAUGCUUAUGAGAGGACUGAAAAUGCCAAAAAAGAGAUGCAAAAACAACUAGGUGUUAGUGUGGAAAAUAUAGGCCUUUAUAAACCAUCAAAUAACGAAUGCCGUCGUCGUCGACCAGGAAUUUUAGGGAAGUCAUAUAAUUACAAGCACCGCUACUCGUCAACGCCUUCAGAAAAUGAUGACAUGUGGAUGUCCUCCCAAGAGACAGUGUCUCAGGACAUUCCAAGUACACCUAAAGAUGUGUUGCAGGAAAAGUUAAUUGAUCCUGAUCCCGAUCCCAAUCUUAGUGACGUCGAAGAAGUUGAAUUGGCUGAAUCCAUGAAGAAAACAGAGGGUGGAAACAAUGCUAUGUUGGAGGAACUGUUAUCCUGUAAUGAUGAUGAUUUAGAAGGUGAGGGAGCUUUGAAUAUCUUGCAGGAUCGAUUGAAGAUCAAAACUCUUGAUAUGGAGAAGCUGUGCUUCUUGACUGAACUGACUGAUGUUGGAAGGGCUAGUGUUUUAACUUCACCAGGAAGUCUUCAAAAGCCUCGCAGGAGUUCAGUGGUUCUAGACAGUGUGCUCAAAAAUUUGAAUAAGAAACCUCGCAUGGAACAAGAACAAUUGGAUAAUCCAGCUAAUCAUCUAUCUUCACCAACUCCUCCUAGAAAUCCGUUUGGAUCCAUAUCUUUAUUAAAAAAGAAGAUUUUGCAGCCCAACCCUCUCACAGACCCAUUUUCACCACAAGAAAUUGAUCUGUGUCCGCACCCAAAUUCUUCUCCCACUAAUCCCAAGGAUGAGCUACUUGGACAGGUUGAUUUCCGGAAGGAUUUAGGUCAUGAGCUGGAAUCACAUGUAAAGUUUGGUCGUACUGAAUCUGCAAUAUCUGAUAUGGAUUCUCAACAAGUACUGGAAAAUGUUGGUAGUCUGCCAGAACAUUCUCUGAGUGAAAAUGCAAGCAUGCAAAGAGAGAGUGGCAGUACUAAGGAACAUGCAUCUCCUGGACAGCUCAGGGAUAAGCGAGUUGGACAGGCUGAUGUGCCUAAGGAGUUGGGCAUGUUUAAUGAGAUGGAAUCAAAUGAAGAGCUUAAUAGCACAAAUUUAACAUUUUGUAAUUUGGAUAAACAUCAAGUAAAUGAAAAUGCUGAUGGUCUUGCUGAGCAGUUUGGAGAUGAGAACGCAAGCAUAACAAGCAUGGAUGCCAACAGUAUGCAAAAUGAAGAACCAGAUAACAGCAGUGGAGAAGCUAUGAAUACUAAUCACAAUGAAUCAAACCCUUCUGUAGAUGAUAAGGAAGGCAAGGGUGAUGCAUCAACCAGACAACAAACUAAUCCAGAACAACACGAGGUGCAUGCUGCCAAGCCAAAGAGAGGAAAAAGAAAAGCUGGUGAUAAACGAAUCACAGAUGCACACCCCAUGAGGAAAAGUAUUGCAGAUGCUGGUACAUCAUUUGAUGAUGAGGAAGGCAGGGGUGAUGCGUCAACCAUACAACAAAUUAAUCCAGAACAACACGAGGUGCAUGCUGCCAAGCCGAAGGGAGGAAAAAGAGUAGCAGGUGAUAAACAUAUCAGAGAUGCACACCCCAUGAGGAAAAGUAUUGCAGACGGUGGUACAUCAUUUGAAACUGGAGUGAGAAGAAGCAAAAGAGUUAGGACGAGACCACUGGAAUACUGGAAAGGAGAGAGAUUCUUAUAUGAACGAGUUGAAGACAGCUUGAAGUUGAUUGGGCUAAAAUACAUCUCUCCGGGAAAGGGUAACGAGAACCUGAAAGUGAAGCCAUUUAUCUUAUCGGAGAAGGUUGAAUACAAGGAACUUCUUGAUCUGGCAGCUCGCCAUUGAGUGGGGCUAACAUUUGAACCUGUACAUCUUUAGUUGUAUGAGAGGAUUUGAUUGGAGAUCUCUAGCAAUCUUUUAUUGA